AUGGCAGCGACCUCCCAACGCCCCGAAAUCAUCGCCCUCUCGCAGGGCCUGCGGGGCAUCCCGCACUGCGAAGAAUACGAGCGCAUGAUCUCCGGCAUGAUGUACAACCCCAACAUGCCCAAACUCCUCGACGCGCGCCACCGCUGCCGCGGCCUCGCGCGAGCCUACAACAACCUCGUCACGACGGCCAUCCCAUCGACCCAGAUCUUCGAGACCCGGCUCGCCCUGCUCCGCCAGCUGGUCGGAAAAGUCGGCGAGGGCACGUUCAUCGAGCCGUUCUUCAAGCCAGAUUACGGGUGCAAGGUUGUCAUCGGGGGUCAUUCUUUUAUCAACUGGGACGUAACGGUUCUGGAUACCAGUCUGGUGUUUAUCAGGAACCGCGUGCAGGUUGGCACCGGGGUGAAUAUCUUCACGGCGAGCUACGAUACCAGUGUGCUGUCGCGGCAGAAGUUUGUCGAGUUCGGGCACUCCGGGUCGACUAUUGGCGCUGGGUCGAUUGUCACCAAGGAUAUUCCGCCUUUCUCUGUGGCCGUGGGUGCGCCUUGUCGCGUGCGGAAGACGAUUCAGUCGCCGGAAGAGGAGCAGGAUUCGAAAAAUCCGUAUCGUGAUUUGGUUCGUGAGGAUCAGUAG